GGUCUUGUCUUAUCCCCUCUACUUGUUCUCAGUAUCCAGCCCAGAUGAGACCUCCUGGCAGAAAGAGUGCCUGUGCUGUCAUCAUGUCACCAUGGCUGCUAUUGGCUCCCUUGCUGUCUCCAACUGUUCCCCAGGUCACCUCGCCACCUUGCUGCCUGUGUCCAGAGGGCGUGCACAGGUUCCAGUGGAUCAGAAACCUGGUUCCAGAGUUCGGAGUCUCCAGUUCUCAUGUCAGGGUGCUUUCUUCCCCAGCGGAGUUUUUCGAGCUCAUGAAGGGACAGAUAAAAGUGGCCAAGAGGCGGGUCGUGAUGGCAUCCCUCUACCUGGGGACAGGUCCUUUGGAACAGGAACUGGUGGAUUGCCUGGAAAGUACUCUAGAAAAGUCAGUCCAAGCAAAGUUUCCUUCAGACCUGAAGGUCUCCAUUCUCUUGGACUUCACACGGGGCUCCAGAGGCAGGAAGAACUCUCGCACAAUGCUGCUCCCACUCUUGCAGAGGUUUCCAGAACAGGUCCGAGUGUCCCUUUUUCACACGCCAAACCUCCGUGGACUUCUCCGGCUCCUUAUCCCUGAACGCCUCAACGAGACCAUUGGCCUGCAGCACAUUAAGGUGUACCUCUUCGACAACAACGUCAUCUUGAGCGGCGCAAACCUGAGUGACUCCUACUUCACCAACCGCCAGGACCGCUACGUGUUCUUGCAGGACUGUGCGGAGAUUGCCGACUUUUUCACAGAGCUAGUGGACGCGGUGGGGGACGUGUCCCUGCAGCUGCAGGGGGAUGACACGGUGCAGGUGGUGGACGGGAUGGUGCAUCCGUACAAAGGUGACCGGGCUGCGUAUUGCAAGGCAGCCAAUAAGAGGGUUAUGGGUGUGAUCAACUCGGCCAGGACCCGCCAGCAGAUGCUGCACGCCCAGACCUUCCACAGUGACUCCCCCUUGACCCAGGAGGAUGCAGCGGCUGCCGGUGAUCGGAGACCAGCCCCUGACACCUGGAUUUAUCCACUGAUUCAGAUGAAUACCUUCGAGAUCCAAAUUGACGAGAUUGUCACUGAGACCCUGCUGACUGAGGCCGAACGAGGCGCUAAAGUCUUCCUCACCACUGGCUACUUCAAUCUGACCCAGGCCUACAUGGACUUGGUCUUGGGCACGAGGGCCGAGUACCAGAUCCUGCUGGCCUCACCAGAGGUGAAUGGCUUCUUCGGGGCCAAGGGGGUGGCUGGUGCCAUCCCGGCGGCAUACGUGCACAUUGAGCGGCAGUUCUACAGCGAGGUGUGCAGCCUGGGGCAGCAGGAGCGGGUCCAGCUGCAGGAGUACUGGCGAAGGGGCUGGACCUUUCAUGCCAAAGGCCUCUGGCUGUACCUGGCAGGGAGCAGCCUGCCCUGUCUCACGCUGAUUGGCUCUCCUAAUUUUGGGUACAGGUCGGUUCACCGGGACCUGGAGGCCCAGAUUGCUAUCGUGACGGAGAACCAAGCCCUGCAGCAGCAGCUUCACCAGGAGCAAGAGCAGCUCUACCUGAGGUCCGGUGUGGUAUCCUCCGCCACCUUUGAGGAGCCAAGUCGGCAGGUGAAGCUGUGGGUGAAGAUGGUGACUCCACUGAUCAAGAACUUCUUCUGAGGACAGACAGGAAGCGAGCGCUGACGGACACCAGGGCAUCUUCCGGCCACUCGUGGAACCAGUUGAUGGCCGUGCAGUUGACCACCGCGGGGAACUUCCUCGCUCGCACGCGCAGGACGGAGCCCACGGGGGAGAAGCACAGAAUCACCUGGUGUGGGACACGGACGGGCGGUCACUGGGGAUGGCGUGCGGAGCCACAUCGGUCAUGAGAAAGCUCCCCUGGGAGUGGCCUGCUCUGCGGGGCUCCAUCUCUGAACGUCUGAGGGGCUCCCCCUGACUCUGGGCUGGAAGAGCGGGCCUUGUGUGGCCGUGGACAUGCGCUCACCUGACCUCACGCCCUCACCAGGGCUGUGAGGGUGCGGAGGUGGGGGGAGCCCCAAUCCCUCCUGAAGUGGCCCCUGCCUCUUCCCACAGGCUGGGCGAGGGAAGGAGUGGGGAAUGGGCAUCCGCAUGGGGCAGGCGAGGCCCAAGGACGGAGAGUCUUUUCUGGGUUCCACAGGAAUUGCCCCCAGAGACACGGAGCCUCCUCCAAGCCCCAAAGCAGCAGCUAAUUCCCAGACAGCCUGGGGACUCCCUGCGACCCCAGCUGGAGAAGGUGCUGCCCCGGGGUCUCUCUUGCUGGACUGGGACCACCUUUCUCUUGGAGCCUCAGCCUCCCGCCCUGUCCUUGCUCUCUGGUCCCUUCUCAUGGUACAGUGGGUGGUUCACUGCAAGUGGCCAUUGACGGGGACAGCUCGGUGCUCAGCUGACUGCAGCUCUCACUGGAGAUGUGAGGGCGCCAGGACAGUCCGGUGCUGGCAGGACGGCGCUCCAGAAGAGCCGGGAGCAGGCAGCACCCGUCAGGGGACACCUUUAGCCCCUAAAAUAACAUUCGCUGUUUGGACUGUGCAACCCAGAGUGGGGGGACAGAGACAUCUUCUUUGUUUGACUCCAGCCAGGGAACAGUGAUGAGCAGCAGGUGCCUGGGGGGCUCUGGGGUGGCCCCCUCUCUCCAGGGGCAGUGCCAGCACACCAUGGCAGCCACCCUCACUCAGCUCUGGACAGGCUGGAACCUACGGACCCCAGGUGCCCUCAUCUUACUAGGGCAGUUCAGCCGACUGUCCCUACUGGGAACACUGGGGUCAAGGUGCACUCACUGGCCACGGGUGGGGAGGAGGCGUUAACACUAACAUACUAAUGUUAACAUAUUAAUACACUCGGCCUCUGUACCUGAGGGUUCCACAUCUGUAGAUUCCGCCAACUACAGAAUGAAAAUAUUCAGGGAAAACGACAACCCAAAAUAACAACAAUAAAAAAUAAUACAAAUAAAAACUACAGUAUAACAACUAUCCACAUAGCACUGACAUUGUCUCAGGUAUUAUAAGUAAGCUAAGGUUUAAAGCAUACGGGAGGGUGUGCACGGGCUGUACGCAAACACUGUGCCAUUCUGGAUCAGGGGCUGGAGCACCUGCAGGUUUCGGUGUCCAAAGGGUCCUGGAGCCGACCCUGCCCACCCACGGACACUGGGGACAACCGUAAGACACUUGAGCCCCUCGGCGUCUCUAACGGCCCAGGUGAAAUAACCUCCAGGCUGCGGUUUGUCAGGCAGCCCCUCCCCCGCCGGCUUUCCCUGUCCGGGGAGGAGCAGUCCCCCGGCCCCACACGGAGUAAAGACCUGGGCCCCGUGGGCAGCGGGUGCCACGCUGGGCUCCUGGGACCCCGCCGCCAGAGCCCUACCUUGAGCUGCCGGCGCACUUUCUCAAUGAAGAAUUUCCAACAUGCUUCCCGGGUGUCGGUCAGGCCGAGGGACUUGACCAGCGGCCGCAUGGAGGAGAUGAUGUUCUCCAGCUCAUCGUCCGAGAACAGCCCGGGGAUCUCCCCUGAGGCCAACAGGUCGUUGAUCAGCACCAGAAACUGCUCCUCGGCCACCUGGGAGUCCGUCAUCAGGAACACGGAGGGCACGUUCUUCACGGCAGACUUUAUGUACUGAGCGGCGAGGUCCACCUGGGCGAACAAGGACACGCUCAGGGGCUUGGCGAGAAGACGCUGGCUUGGAGGCGGCCCCCGAGACCACCCGGCGUGGACACCGGGGCUCAGCCUUGUGAGAAACGCGCAGGGUCCGCGGGAGGAGACCUGAGACCCUGAGUGGAGCACAGCCAAGAGGACAGCCCAGGUGUCCCCGAGGGAGGGACACUCAAAACGUGGCCCGUGCACACGGUGGAAUAUCACUCGGCCUUAGAAAGGAGGAGAUGCUGACACGUGCCACACCGUGGGUGACCCUUGGAGACAUUACGCCAGGAGGAAAGAAGCCGGUCACAAAAGCACAAGUAUUGCACAAUUCCUCUCCUACGAGGUCCCCAGAGUAGUCAAAUUCACAGGGACGGAAGGUGCCAGGGUCUGGGGCACGGGGAGUGGGGCUUGUUCCGUGGGGACAGAGUUUCAGUUGGGGAAGAUGAGAACGUUCCGGAGAUGGAUGGAAGUGAUGGUGGCACAGCAGUGUGGAUGUGCUG